UGAUUCUUCCAUUACAAGAAGAGGAAGAGCUAAGAAAGACUGAAAUGGCAUCUCCUCCUCAACAACAGGACGAGGGGCAUGAGCAGAAGGCCCCCUCAUCUGCACCUUCCCAGCAGGAGGAAGUCCCUGAGCAGGCCCCCUCAUCUGUACCUCCACAGCAGGAGCAGGAAGUCCCUGACCAGGAGGCCACCUCAUCUGCACCUUCACAACAGGAGGAAGUCCCUGAGGAGAAGGCCCCCUCAUCUGCACCUUCCCAUCAGGAGCAGCAAGUCCCUGAGGAGAAGGCCCCCUCAUCCGCACCUUCCCAGCAGGAGGAAGUCCCUGAGCAGAAGGCCCCCUCAUCUGUACCCCCGCAGCAGGAGCAGGAAGUUCCUGACCAGGAGGCCACCUCAUCUGCACCUUCACAACAGGAGCAAGUCCCUGCGGAGAAGGCCCCCUCAUCUCCACCUUCCCAGCAGGGGGAGCUAGUCCCUGACCAGAAGGCCCCCUCAUCUGCACCUUCCCAGCAGGAGGAAGUCCCUGAGGAGAAGGCCCCCUCAUCUGCACCUUCUCAGCAGGAGGAGCAAGUCCCAGAGCAGAAGGCCCCCUCAUCCUCACCUUCCCAGCAGGAGGAAGUCCCUGAGCAGGCCCCCUCAUCUGUACCUCCACAGAAGGAGCAGGAAGUCCCUGACCAGGAGGCCCCCUCAUCUGCACCUUCCCAGCAGGAAGAGCAAGUCCCUGAGGAGAAGGCCCCCACAUCUGCACCUUCCCAGCAGGAGGAGCAAGUACCUGAUCAGAAAGCUCCCUCAUCCGCACCUUCCCAGCAGGGGGAGCUGGUCCCUGACCAGAAGGCCCCCUCAUCUGCACCUUCCCAUCAGGAGCAGCAAGUCCCUGAGGAGAAAGCCCCCUCAUCUCCACCUUCCCAGCAGGAGGAAGUCCCUGAGCAGAAGGCCCCCUCAUCUGUACCCCCGCAGCAGGAGCAGGAAGUUCCUGACCAGGAGGCCACCUCAUCUGCACCUUCACAACAGGAGCAAGUCCCUGAGGAGAAGGCCCCCUCAUCUGCACCUUCUCAGCAGGAGGAGCAAGUCCCUGACCAGAAGGCCCCCUCAUCUGCACCAUCCCAGCAGGAGGAUCAAGUCCCUGAGGAGAAGCCCCCAUCAUCUGCACCUUCCCAGCAGGAAGAGCAAGUCCUUGAGGAGAAGGCCCCCUCAUCUGCACCUUCUCAGCAGAAGGAGCGAGUCCCUGAGGAGAAGACCCCCUCAUCUCCACCUUCCCAGCAGGAGGAGCAAGUCCCUGAGGAGAAGGCCCCCUCAUCUGCACUUUCCCAGCAGGAGGAGCAAGCCCCUGAGGAGAAGGCCUCCUCAUCUGCACCUUCCCAGCAGGAGGAGCAAGUCCCUGAGGAGAAGGCCCCCUCAUCAGCACCUUCCCAGCAGGAAGAGCAAGUCCCUGAGGAGAAGGCCCCCUCAUCUGCACCUUCCCAGCAGGAGGAGCAAGUCCCUGAGGAGAAGGCCCCCUCAUCAGCACCUUCCCAGCAGGAGGAGCAAGUCCCUGAGGAGAAGUCCCCAUCAUCUGCACCUUCCCACCAGGAGGAGCAAGUCCCUGAGGAGAAGGCCCCCUCAUCUGCACCUUCCCAGCAGGAAGAGCAAGUCCCUGACCAGAAGGCCCCCUCAUCUGCACCUUCCCAGCAGGAAGAGCAAGUACCUGACCAGAAGGCCCCCUCAUCUGCCCCUUCCCAGCAGGAGGAGCAAGUACCUGAUCAGAAAGCUCCCUCAUCCGCACCUUCCCAGCAGGGGGAGCUGGUCCCUGACCAGAAGGCCCCCUCAUCUGCACCUUCCCAUCAGGAGCAGCAAGUCCCUGAGGAGAAAGCCCCCUCAUCUCCACCUUCCCAGCAGGAGGAAGUCCCUGAGCAGAAGGCCCCCUCAUCUGUACCCCCGCAGCAGGAGCAGGAAGUUCCUGACCAGGAGGCCACCUCAUCUGCACCUUCACAACAGGAGCAAGUCCCUGAGGAGAAGGCCCCCUCAUCUGCACCUUCUCAGCAGGAGCAAGUCCCUGACCAGAAGGCCCCCUCAUCUGCACCAUCCCAGCAGGAGGAUCAAGUCCCUGAGGAGAAGCCCCCAUCAUCUGCACCUUCCCAGCAGGAAGAGCAAGUCCUUGAGGAGAAGGCCACCUCAUCUGCACCUUCUCAGCAGAAGGAGCGAGUCCCUGAUGAGAAGACCCCCUCAUCUCCACCUUCCCAGCAGGAGGAGAAAGUCCCUGAGGAGAAGGCCCCCUCAUCUGCACCUUCCCAGCAGGAGGAGCAAGCCCCUGAGGAGAAGGCCUCCUCAUCUGCACCUUCCCAGCAGGAGGAGCAAGUCCCUGAGGAGAAGGCCCCCUCAUCAGCACCUUCCCAGCAGGAAGAGCAAGUCCCUGAGGAGAAGGCCCCCUCAUCUGCACCUUCCCAGCAGGAGGAGCAAGUCCCUGAGGAGAAGGCCCCAUCAUCUGCACCUUCCCACCAGGAGGAGCAAGUCCCUGAGGAGAAGUCCCCAUCAUCUGCACCUUCCCACCAGGAGGAGCAAGUCCCUGAGGAGAAGGCCCCCUCAUCUGCACCUUCCCAGCAGGAAGAGCAAGUCCCUGACCAGAAGGCCCCCUCAUCUGCACCUUCCCAGCAGGAAGAGCAAGUACCUGACCAGAAGGCCCCCUCAUCUGCCCCUUCCCAGCAGGAGGAGCAAGUACCUGAUCAGAAAGCUCCCUCAUCCGCACCUUCCCAGCAGGGGGAGCUGGUCCCUGACCAGAAGGCCCCCUCAUCUGCACCUUCCCAUCAGGAGCAGCAAGUCCCUGAGGAGAAAGCCCCCUCAUCUCCACCUUCCCAGCAGGAGGAAGUCCCUGAGCAGAAGGCCCCCUCAUCUGUACCCCCGCAGCAGGAGCAGGAAGUUCCUGACCAGGAGGCCACCUCAUCUGCACCUUCACAACAGGAGCAAGUCCCUGAGGAGAAGGCCCCCUCAUCUGCACCUUCUCAGCAGGAGCAAGUCCCUGACCAGAAGGCCCCCUCAUCUGCACCAUCCCAGCAGGAGGAUCAAGUCCCUGAGGAGAAGCCCCCAUCAUCUGCACCUUCCCAGCAGGAAGAGCAAGUCCUUGAGGAGAAGGCCCCCUCAUCUGCACCUUCUCAGCAGAAGGAGCGAGUCCCUGAGGAGAAGACCCCCUCAUCUCCACCUUCCCAGCAGGAGGAGCAAGUCCCUGAGGAGAAGGCCCCCUCAUCUGCACCUUCCCAGCAGGAGGAGCAAGCCCCUGAGGAGAAGGCCUCCUCAUCUGCACCUUCCCAGCAGGAGGAGCAAGUCCCUGAGGAGAAGGCCCCCUCAUCAGCACCUUCCCAGCAGGAAGAGCAAGUCCCUGAGGAGAAGGCCCCCUCAUCUGCACCUUCCCAGCAGGAGGAGCAAGUCCCUGAGGAGAAGGCCCCCUCAUCAGCACCUUCCCAGCAGGAGGAGCAAGUCCCUGAGGAGAAGUCCCCAUCAUCUGCACCUUCCCACCAGGAGGAGCAAGUCCCUGAGGAGAAGGCCCCCUCAUCUGCACCUUCCCAGCAGGAAGAGCAAGUCCCUGACCAGAAGGCCCCCUCAUCUGCACCUUCCCAGCAGGAAGAGCAAGUACCUGACCAGAAGGCCCCCUCAUCUGCCCCUUCCCAGCAGGAGGAGCAAGUACCUGAUCAGAAAGCUCCCUCAUCCGCACCUUCCCAGCAGGGGGAGCUAGUCCCUGACCAGAAGGCCCCCUCAUCUGCACCUUCUCAGCAGGAGGAGCAAGUCCCUGAGGAGAAGACCCCCUCAUCUGCACCUUCCCAGCAGGAGGAGCAAGUCCCUGAGGAGAAGGCCCCCUCAUCCGCACCUUCCCAGCAGGAGGAAGUCCCUGAGCAGAAGGCCCCCUCAUCUGUACCCCCGCAGCAGGAGCAGGAAGUUCCUGACCAGGAGGCCACCUCAUCUGCACCUUCACAACAGGAGCAAGUCCCUGAGGAGAAGGCCCCCUCAUCUGCACCUUCCCAGCAGGAGGACGUCCCUGAGGAGAAGGUCCCCUCAUCUCCACCUUCCCAGCAGGAGGAAGUCCCUGAGGAGAAGGCCCCCUCAUCUGCACCUUCCCAACAGGAGGAGCAAGUCCCUGACCAGAAGGCCCCCUCAUCUCCACCUUCCCAGCAGGAGGAGCAAGUCCCUGAAGAGAAGCCCCCCUCAUCUGCACCUUCUCAGCAGGAGGAGCAAGUCCCUGACCAGAAGGCCCCCUCAUCUCCACCUUCCCAGCAGGAGGAGCAAGUCCCUGAGCAGAAGGCCCCCUCAUCUCCACCUUCCCAGCAGGAGGAGCAAGUCCCUGACCAGCAGGCCACCUCAUCUGCACCUUCCCAACAGGAGAAAGUCCCUGCGCACAAAAGCACCUCAUCUGAUGACGCAUUUGAUGAAAUUGAUUUUCCUUCAGAAGGUGAUCCUGAUUCUGAGGAGGAAACCGAUUACGAUCUCCUUGAUCACAUCCUUCCUUUCCGUAUCCUAAGACAGUUCUUUUCUGGCCUCAGAGGUAGGUAUCUAUUUCCCCCUUGA